AAGAUUUAUUGGGCGGGUUGUAAAACCCCACGACAGAACCAAAUUCUAUACCACUUUGUAGCAUUUCUGUUAAUGCACUUUAAACGAAGAAGUUAAAACGUAUAAAUUUAUGCCGUUUCUGAUUUAACUAGACUAGAAGACGUGCAUAAAAUGGCAAUUAUUUUCAAAUUGAGUAUUUUACUGCCGGUAGUUUAUUCAGUAUUUGGUUUAAAUGAAAAUGCUGCUUUCAAAAAUGAAAUAAAAACACUUAAACGGGUUUCUGAGGAAGCCUUUGGAAAUUUAUCGCUUAAAGAAAACCUGUUAGAAAGUUUUAAUAACUUAUAUUUGGAUUUUGUCUGUAGCCAGGACUUUUCAAAUAGAAAUGUUAGUAAUGAGUGUUUUAAGGAAAUGGAGGUUGUUUGUAAUACCACGGAUUUAUUAUUUGAUAUGGCCGAUGCUUGGUCGAAGAUACCUUACUCUGGUAUGAGAACAGCAACCAAGCAAGAUUUUGGAGCAUUUGACCAAUGCAUUAAAAUAGACUAUCAAAAUGAGAAUAUGAGAAUAUUAGGAAAACAUUGUACAUUUGGCUGGGCUAUUCCCAUGGAGGAUUCGGUGUAUUUGCUUUCAUACUGUAUGCCAAAUAGCUGCUCUGCAACUGAUCUUAUAAGAAUGAUUAACACUAUUUCUAUACCAGAAAAUAUUUUAGAACAAGUUAUAAACGACAGAACAUGUACUAAUAAACUUACUAAUAGUGAAAUGGAUCCGUCUUCUAUUGUAGUAACUACUUUAUUCGCCACAUUUCUUUUUCUUGUUGUAUUAUCAACGGUAUAUGAAGUAUACCAAUACAAGAAAAAUGUUGAGAAAUCCAAUCCACUCUUAACAAUAUUUUCUAUCUUCUCGAAUGGAAAAAAGCUAAUCCAAACUAGUAAAAAUAUAUCUGGGGAACAAAUUCAAGUAUUCCAUGGAAUUAAAGUUAUAAGCAUGAUGUGGAUUUUGGCAGGUCACGCCGCUGGUUUUUUUGCAUUUUUACCUGUAACCAAUCAGAAUGAAAUGGAUUCUUUCCAAACUGAGAAAUAUGCUCGAUAUAUUACUGCCGCGCAUCUGGCUGUCGACACCUUUUUCUAUAUAUCUGGAUUCCUGUUGGCAUAUCAGUACUUUAAGACUUCUUCCCAAAAACCAAUUCUAGUGCAGCUUAUUUCGGUACCUUCCAUGAUACUUCACAGAUAUUUAAGAAUUACUCCAGUAGUACUAAUGUUCUUUUUGUAUGCCGUCUAUUUGGCAAAAUACAUUGGAGAUGGUCCUAUUUUUACGAUAUUUUAUGACACUUUAAAUACUCCAUGUAAAGAGCAUUGGUGGGCUGUAUUUCUUUACAUUCAGAAUUAUUAUAACCCCAAUGAUAUGUGCUAUGUCCACUUAUGGUAUCUAUCAGCCGACUUUCAACUCUUCUUUAUUGGCUUAUUCAUUAUGAUAGGAAUGGCUUGGCAGUAUAAAAGGCGCUUUAACAUGGUGUUAAUGUGUAUGAUUUUUUUAAAUGUCUUAUUUCUAGCUUUGCCAUUAUACACCAAGCUACGAUUUCCAAAUUACGACCCUGAACAUCUUGAAUAUGAGACACAUUCCAAACUCAUCACUUAUUUUAUGGGUGUAAUGUUUGGAUUCUAUUUUAGAUGUCAAAGACAUAAACCUUUUAUUUUUAAUAGGGUUUCUAAUAUAGUCGUGUGGAUUAUAACUUUAUCAGCUAUGUUCACUUGUACUGUAGUGCUUCAUGAAGUAUAUAGCAAUGACUCAAGUCAUAUUGGUAAAUCAUUAUGUGAUGUGUUUAUAAAACCAUUUUGGUGUCUUGGUUUAACUUUUAUUACAUAUUCGUCUAUUUAUGGACAUGGAGGUAUCAUAAACUGGUUCUUAAGCACAGCCUUCAUGCAAGUGAUAAGUAAAUUAACAUUUUGCGUCUAUAUCCUGCAUAUGCCAGUCAUAGUAUUUUGGAUAGCCACCAGAAGAACGAGACAUCAUUUCUCCGACUUAAAUUUGUUUUUUUAUUAUUGGGGUUAUUUGGUCAUAACUAUUAUGGUUUCGGUAAUAUGGACCCUUAUGUUUGAAUCACCCAUAAUAAAUAUGGAAAAACUGAUAUUUGGCAGUGGCAAGCCAAAGAAACCAGCCCCGAAAAAUAAAGACGAAAAACCUACGGAACAUAAUGGAAAGCAUCUAAUUACGGUUACUCACAAGGCACCCGAAGAAAAUGGAUAUUGUUAAGUAAUCUAGAUUUAGAAUGAUUUAGAUCUGAUAAAAAUAUAUAUUUUAAGAUUAUUACUUUAACUAGCUAUGAUAACUACUUUUUUGUUCAUGGUAAUAUUACUGACCUUUGCAUAUAUGUAUGUAGUUACUUUUUAGUUUUGUUGUAUAAGAAGUAUUAUUGCAAUUUUUGUAUGUAUCCUAAUGAUUUAUAUUGCUUAAAUAUAAAAUCUAUACUGGA